AUGCAGGGUCUUGGGACUCUGUUCCUGCUGCUGACUGCCUCUGUGGCUUUAAAGGCUGACGCUGUGGAAACACUUCCAGACAUCCAGGUUCAGGAGAAUUUCAGCGAGUCUCGGAUCUAUGGAAAGUGGUUCAACCUGGCGAUAGGCUCCACCUGCCCGUGGCUGAGGAAGAUUAAGGACAAGAUAAGCAUGAGCACACUGGUGUUGCAGGAAGGGCAGACAGAAGCAGAGAUCAGUGUGUCCAGCACCCGAUGGCGGAGAGGUGUCUGUGAGGAGAUCUCCUGGACCUAUGAGAAGACAGACAUCGAUGGGAAGUUCCUCUCCUACAAUCCCAAAUGGAACACAACCUUGGAAACCUAUGUGGUCCACACCAACUAUGAGGAGUAUGCCAUCUUCUUUACCAAAAAGUUCAGCAGCCACCAUGGACCCACCAUCACUGCCAAACUCUAUGGCCGGGAGCCACAGCUGAGGGACAGCCUUCUGCUGGAGUUCAGGGAGGUGGCCCUGGGCGUGGGCAUCCCUGAGAACUCCAUCACUUUUCUGGUUGACAGAGGGGAAUGUGUCCCUGGGGAUCUGCAGCAAGAACCCACUUCACUUCUGAGAUCCCGGCGGGCAGUGCUGCCCCAAGACAACGAGGGAUCAGGGGCUGGGCCACUGGUAACUGAAGCCCUCAAGAAAGAAGAUUCCUGCCAGCUCAACUACUCAGAAGGCCCCUGCCUAGGGCUGAUAGAGAGAUAUUACUACAAUGGGGCUUCCAUGGCCUGUGAGACCUUCCAAUACGGGGGCUGCCUGGGCAAUGGCAACAACUUCAUCUCUGAGAAGGAGUGUCUGCAGACGUGCCGGACCGUAGCGGCCUGCAGUCUCCCCAUAGUCCAAGGCCCCUGCCGAGCCUAUAUAGAACUCUGGGCAUUUGAUGCAGCCAAAGGGAAGUGCAUCCAGUUCACCUAUGGGGGGUGCAGAGGCAAUGGUAACAAGUUCUACUCUGAGAAGGAGUGCAAGGAGUACUGUGGAGUUCCUGGUGAUGGGUUCAAGGAGCUAACACACAGCUGA